AUGUCCAAUACCUUGUUCGACGACAGAUUCGUAGUGGAGUCCACAGACUCGGCACGCUACGACAGGAUCACCAGAAUCGUCGCCUCCUCCACGUCCUCCAAGGACAUCAAGAUCACCUUGGACAUCAACUCAGAGAUCUAUCCUGUUGCUGACCACGACACCCUCACCAUCACCUUGGCCUCCUCCUUGACCGAAGAUCCUGCUGACGACUUUGCCAACGUUGGCUGGAGACCCCAUGCUGCUGAGUCUGCCAGAUCCUUGGCCGACGACUACGAGUAUGUCAUGUAUGGCACCAUCUAUAAGUUCGACGAGUCUGUCUCCACCAACGAGUCCAUUGAAAACAGCAUCAAAGUCUAUGCUUCCUUUGGUGGUUUGCUUAUGUGCUUGGAAGGAACCUACAGAAACUUGUCUUCUUUGAAACAGUCCCACGUCUACAUCUUGAUCCGUAAAUGA